AUGCCGAGAGCCCGCGCGCCCAUUGUGCGGGUACAUUGUGCCGCCCCUGAUAACGCCGAGACCGCAUUGUGUCCGCAGAGCAAACUGUCUACCUCCGGGAACUGCACAAUGAUGGACUUCACUUAUAGUGCACUGCUUUACAUUACCUACAUAGUCAACAGUCUUACACCCGUACUCAAGAACAAUACUAAGAGGCCUCACGGAGUGCACGAACGCACAGGGCCGGUAAAUCUAUGCGGCGUUGGCGGCACGCGCCACUGCGCACAGGGUGCGGCCGCGUUGGCAACUCGAGCGUGCCCAGCCCCGCUCACCCCGCACCCCGCGGCCCACGGCGGCGCCGAACCUUUGAUGUCCAAG